UAAGUUUGUUUCAAGACUUGUUGUCCGCGCCAAUUAAACGAUAAGUUAUGAGAAUGAUGGUACAUUGCGCUUGUUUUUCUCACGGCUUCUCAAAGAUGACGGCAUCGGCACGGUAUGAAACUAUGAGAUAUGCCGGCAUUCACGAUUAUGACUCGCAUUAAGCCAUUAGCAACUACGAUCGUUCUAUCCAUUCUUGUUUUCCGUCUCGGUCUUCUCUACAUAUUUUUUUAUUUUAUUUUUUGUUUUUGCCAGUCUAGCCUAAAGCUUACCUGUUGUCUCUUGCGUUGUUUCAACUUACACACUCUUUUUGCUUCUAGUGGUGUACCUUUCUCGCACAGUAUUAUAAACAGCGAUGAUGAGGAUCACGAAUGUCAUGAUAUUGUAUGGUCACGAAAUGUUUUGCAGCAGCAAACGAUGAGCGCAACCGAGUUGCCGACGUAUAGUGGAGGCUAGUUCCCGCUUAUGAUGCUGCUUUUUUGCAUUUAUGUGCCUGGUUAGCGUAUGUCUGUGUGUGCAUUUGUGUUUCCCUUGAUUUAUCUUGA